AUGGCGCGCGCUGGAGCAACGACGUCGACGCUCGUGCACUCGAAGCGGCACGGAGAGCUCGUGCUGGACGCUGCAUCACAGAGGGUCCAGAUGGUGUACCCGCGAGUCAAUCGGUUUUUCCACCGCAAGUUCGAUCAGCCACGAAAGUGUAUCAUGAGUCGACAGUUACUUCAGGUGAUCUCCGGCAACGGCAAGCAGCGGUUCAUGUGCCGGUUCCUCUGUGAGGAAGACGCGAGCAAGUGCCUCGAGACGCUUCGAAGCUUUGGAGUGGAGGUCAUUGUCGUCGUCGAGAAGUCGCUGCUAUCGACUGUGCGCGUCGCCAGGAAGCAGGAAGAGACCGUCAUGAUCGGAGGCGAAGCGGCUUUGCAAACUCUUCGCGCCACGUCGCCAGGAUCGAUUCGGGCCGAGGUCCGAGACUACGGGAACUCGUCUCGGUUGCAAGACGACACGAAGGCGAUUUUGCAGGCCAUGUUCAGCAUGGAUUCUUGA